UUCUCCCCUACCUCCCUUUCCUCCCCCUCCUCCACUUCCCCCUCCUCUCUUGCAGCUCUGAGGGUUCCCAGCUAAUGCUUGCUGCUGCUGCCGCCGCUGCCACCCCUCUCUCGGUGCAGAACAAUAAUAACACUUACUGGCACCCGAGCUCACACCAGAGAAAUAACCCUUUGCAUUAGAUGGUGCUGAAUUGUCUCCCUGGCAAACUUGCAAACGGUGCAGCUGUGGCAAGAAUACUUUGCCCUAAAUUCUCUUCAAAGUCCAAUUGGAUGAAUAACUCCACAACUCAGAAUUAUUUGAAGCUUUAAGAUAUGAAGAAAGGGAUGUAUUAGUGGUAUAUUUUGUGUCUUGUAGGGAGCAGUUUAAAUUUAGAAGGGCAUUAAGGGGCUAUCGCCAUGACCUUAAAAAGCUGGGUGGUGUUCUGGUUACUGUUGUUCUUUGAAAUAAAAUUAAAGCAUGCACCUGUGUAUGCUGCAGAAGCAGCAGCUGGCGUUCCUCGAAGCCAAAACUUCCCGCAUCCUUCACUGCACCCGGAGUUAGCGGACUUGGUGGAAAACAGUGAAUAUGAAAUUGUAUCAGCUUAUGAAGUAUACCCAAAUGGAGAAUAUAUGACAUGUGAAAUUAUGCACCAUCAAAGGAGAAAGAGGUCACCUUCUCAUCUAGGAAUCGAUUCUCUUCAUCUUCGGCUCCAUGGAUUUGGACAUGACUUUCACAUGGAUCUUAAAACUUCUGACAACCUAAUAGCUCCUGGAUUUAUGGUACAAACGUUAGGAAAGAAAGGCACUAAGUCAGUACAUACUUUUCUACCAGAGGAAUUCUGCUUUUAUCAAGGCUUCUUACGAUCGCACCAGAACUCAUCAGUAGCACUUUCAACAUGUAAAGGUUUGUCAGGUUUGAUAAGAACCCAGGAAGCAGAUUACUUCUUGAAACCACUUCCUCCAGAUCUAGCCCUUAAACUGAACUAUUCAGCACCUGAUGGACAACACUCCCAUGUACUUUACAAAAGAUCCAUAGGAGCCCAGCCUCACAGUGAUAAUGAAAUCAUGAUGAUUGAGAGGAAAAGAGAGCAGGAAAAGCACAACAGAUUAUACCAAGAAAACCAGCAUCUCCACCAUGGAUUUAACCUCAAGCACCCACAAAAGCAGCACUUCUGUGGAAGGCGCAAGAAAUAUAUGCCAAAGCCUCCCAAAGAAGAUCUUUUCAUCUUACCUGAUGAAUAUAAGUAUCCAUUGCGAAACAAGCGUUCUCUACUGAAAACCCACAAAAAUAAUGAACUGAAUGUGGAAACACUAGUGGUAGUUGACAAAAAGAUGAUGCAAAACCAUGGUCAUGAAAAUAUUACAACAUACGUCUUGACUAUACUCAAUAUGGUGUCUGCUUUGUUCAAAGAUGGAACAAUAGGUGGUAACAUCAACAUUGCAGUUGUAGGUCUGAUUCUUCUAGAAGAAGAGCAGCCAGGACUUGUAAUCAAUCACCAUGCUGACCAUACCUUAAGUAGUUUCUGCCAGUGGCAAUCUGGACUGAUAGGAAAAGAUGGAACCCGCCAUGAUCAUGCAGUCUUACUUACUGGUCUGGAUAUAUGUUCCUGGAAGAAUGAGCCAUGUGACACUUUGGGAUUUGCACCCAUAAGUGGAAUGUGUAGCAAGUAUCGCAGCUGUACUGUUAAUGAAGAUACAGGUCUUGGCCUAGCUUUUACCAUUGCCCAUGAGUCUGGACACAACUUUGGUAUGGUCCAUGAUGGAGAAGGAAAUAUGUGCAAGAAAUCUGAGGGUAACAUCAUGUCCCCUACAUUGGCAGGACACAAUGGGAUCUUUUCCUGGUCAGCCUGCAGUCGCCAAUAUCUAUACAAAUUUUUAAGCACUGCUCAAGCCAUAUGCCUUGCUGAUCAGCCUAAGCCUGUGAAUGAAUACAAGUAUCCUGAAAAGCUUCCUGGAGAACUGUAUGACGCCAACACACAAUGCAAGUGGCAAUUCGGGGAGAAGGCCAAGCUUUGCAUGUUGGACUUCAAAAAGGAUAUAUGUAAAGCAUUGUGGUGCCAUAGAAUUGGAAGAAAAUGUGAGACAAAAUUUAUGCCAGCUGCAGAAGGCACUAUUUGUGGUCAUGACAUGUGGUGCCGUGGUGGUCAAUGUGUGAAAUAUGGUGAUGAAGGUCCAAAACCAACCCAUGGACACUGGUCAGAUUGGUCUAGUUGGUCUCCUUGUUCUAGGACAUGUGGAGGAGGAAUAUCUCACAGAGAUCGUCACUGUACUAAUCCAAGGCCAUCACAUGGAGGAAAAUUUUGUGAGGGUUCUACCCGGACAUUCAAACUUUGUAACAGUCAAAGCUGUCCCCAGAAUAGCAUUGACUUUAGGACCAUCCAGUGUGCCGAGUACAACAGCAAGCAAUUUCGAGGAUGGUACUACAAGUGGAAGCCUUACACUCAAGUAGAAGAUCAGGACUUAUGCAAACUCUACUGUAUCGCAGAAGGAUUUGAUUUCUUCUUUUCUUUGUCAAAUAAAGUCAAAGAUGGAACACCAUGUUCAGAGGACACCCGUAAUGUGUGUAUAGAUGGGAUAUGUGAGACAGUUGGUUGUGAUCAUGUCCUUGGUUCUAGUGCCACUGAAGAUUCUUGUGGGGUGUGCAAAGGAAAUAAUUCGAGUUGCAGAUUUUAUAAAGGUCAUUAUGCUAAACACCACUACACAAACCAGUACUAUCAGAUAGUCACUAUUCCUGCUGGUGCCCGGAGUAUUAAUAUAUAUGAAAUGAAUGUAUCUACCUCCUAUAUUGCUGUGCGUAAUACCCUCAAAAGAUAUUAUCUGAAUGGUUACUGGACAGUGGACUGGCCUGGCCGAUACAAGUUUUCUGGUACUGCCUUUGAUUACAGACGGUCAUACAGUCAACCAGAGACUUUAACCUCCCCUGGACCAACCAAUGAAACCUUAAUUGUAGAGCUUCUGUUUCAAGGUCAGAACCCAGGAAUUAGCUGGGAAUAUUCUAUCCCUAAAUUGGAAAAUGAGAGGAAGCCUGGGUCAAAGCACAACUAUACUUGGGCCAUCAUCCGUUCUGAAUGUUCAGCUACUUGUGGUGGAGGACAGAUGACCACAAAAGAAGGAUGUUAUCGAGACAUGAGGCUUCAAGUAAACACAUCAUUUUGCAAUCCAAGAACUCGACCAGUUACAGGAAUUAUACCUUGCAAAAUGCCAGCCUGUCCUCCCAGCUGGUCAGUGGGGAACUGGAGCACGUGCACCUUGACCUGUGGUGUGGGAGAACAAUCUAGGCUGGUUCAAUGCCUGCAGCAGAUUCACUCUAAAACAGAGGUGGUUUCUGCCACUCUUUGCCCUCAGCCAAUUCCUCCCAGCAGACAGAUCUGUAAUACUCAGAGCUGCCCACCAGCCUGGAGUGCAGGGCCCUGGUCAGAGUGUUCAAGAACGUGUGGGAAAGGAUGGAAAAAAAGAUCUGUGAUCUGUAAAAGCACUAGCCCAUCUACCCGGGCUCAAAUUCUGCCUGAUGCAGUCUGUUUCACAGAAACAAAACCUCAAACCCAAGAAGCCUGCUUGCUUAAACGUUGCCAUAAACACAAGAAACUACAAUGGCUUGUAUCAGCCUGGUCAGAGUGCUCUGUAACUUGUGAAAGAGGAAUACAGAAAAGGUUGUUAAAAUGUGCAGAAAAAUAUGUUUCUGGAAAAUACAGAGAGCUGGCUUCAAAGAAAUGCUUCCAUUUGCCAAAGCCAAACCUGGACUUGGAAAGAGAAUGUACCCUAUUUUCAUGUCCCAAGCAACCAGUAUUCUCUGCAGUGAGGCAUGCUAGGGGUACUUGGUACUCUUCUCCCUGGUCUGAGUGCACAGCAACUUGUGGAGGUGGAGUUCAAACACGAUUAGUCCAGUGCCUAGCAAAUGGCAGACCAGCCACAGGAUGCUUUCCACAGCAGAAACCUAUCAGCUCCCUAGCCUGCAAUACCCACUUCUGUUCUAUUCCAGAAAAGAAAGAUAUCUUCUGCAAAGAUUACUUCAAUUGGUGCUAUUUGGUGCCCCAGCAUGGAAUGUGUAACCACAAGUUUUAUGGCAAACAGUGCUGUAGAUCUUGUUCAAAAUCUAAUUUGUAAAUUAGGACUGAUUCCCAUGAUGGGAAAAACUUUAUAUAAAUAUAUUUUCAGCACAAGAAAAAAGCUGCACAAUCUGAAUUGGGCUGUGCCCAAGUAAGAUAGAAAUCCGAAGAAUAACUAGGCUUGGUUCUUUGACUUUGAGGUUAUUUUUUUUAAUGGGCCUGAACAUACACACAUGUGCAAAUGGUAUUGUGAAUGGUUUGAACAUGGAAGCCUUUUGUACUAUUAUGGCAGGAGUCAAACCUACUAGUACUGCCAGCAAAAGGAACCUAUUCUAAAUGAGAUGGACAAAACUUUGCUAAGGAGUAUGUUGUUGUUGUUGUUGUUUUUCUUUUAAUCUCAAAUAAAUUAAGGCCAAAAUAGGCCAAGAUGAACUUGCUAUAGUAUAUGUGGUGCUUACUGAAGAAAAGAAAAAAAAAUCUGUGAAGAGGAUGACAAGUUAAAAUGACCUAUUACCAGGCACAUGGAGUGUAUCUCUCAUCUCAGCUCUUAAGUUCAGAAAUUCUUUGAGUUUUCUUUUUUUUUUUAAGGGGACACAGAUGUUACAAGUACAGAAGCUAUUGGGCCUAUGUAGCCCUCCUUCCCAGCUGCUGGUAGAUCAUGGCCCCUCAGUCCGUCCAUUUGUUCUUCUUUCUGAAUAUUUUCUCAUACGCUAGCAAUAUCAAAAAUUUCAUCAGCAUACUUGAAGCACUUGAACCUGGACACCAUGUCUUGAUUCCUGCACCAGAUGUGGAAAGGGGGAAAAAUGAAAUCUCUCCAAAGGUGCUUCCUUCCCUUUCAGACUCAGGAGCCAAAUGAGAGUUUUCUUCUGUUUUAUUUUUAUAUCUAUUUGUUAUUUACAAAGGACUUUUCCUUUUUA